UCAGGAGAGUUUAAUCGAACACCGAGCUAAUCGAGCCACUCGUCCUCUGAUGUUAAAAUGCCUCUCGGUCGUUCAUUACUGCGGGUUACAGCUUUAAAUAAAAUCGUGAGCAGAAAUGCUUUUACCGCAGUCAAGCCAGAUCCUUCCCGACCGAACAUGCUAAGAGUGGGCCUAACCUUCGGGACCACAGCUCUCCUGUGGGCGAUGCUCUUUAAACAGCGUUCAAGCGACAUGCAGGAAUACAAAACAAGAAACGGACUGGAGUAAUGUAUGUUUUCCUGUACAUGUGGGCUCCACUGCUUUACUGUCAUUUAUAACUAUGUAUAAUAAAGCUGUAUAUGUGUUCA